AAACACAGCAAAAGCUAAAAAAAAAAAAAAAAAUCGGAGAGAGAGGAGAAAGUGAGGAGAGAGGAGAAAGAGAUGAACUCGGAUUAUGGCGUUCCUCGAGAGCUGUCGGAGCUACAGAAGAAGAGAACAGAGUAUCAUCCCGAGCUCCCUCCUUGCCUUCAGGGUACUACUGUGAGAGUGGAGUUUGGCGACGGGACAACCACAGCAGAUUACUCUUCUUCACAUGUGAUAAGUCGGACCUUUCCCCACACGUAUGGUCAACCUUUGGCUCAUUUUUUGAGGGCAACAGCAAAGAUCCCUGAAGCCCAAAUCAUUACAGAGCAUCCCGUUAUCAGGGUUGGUAUAGUGUUUUCUGGAAGACAAUCCCCUGGAGGACAUAAUGUGAUUUGGGGUCUUCAUAAUGCCAUUAAAAUUCACAAUCCUGAAAGCGUUCUGAUUGGAUUCCUUGGUGGUACUGAAGGUUUAUUUGCUCAGAAAUCUUUGGAAAUUACAGAGGAUCUUCUUUCUACUUACAAGAACCAAGGUGGUUUUGAUUUACUUGGUCGGACGGUCGAUCAAAUCAGAACAACUGAGCAAAUUAACGCUACAAGAGCUGCCUGCUUAGCUCUGAAGUUGGAUGGACUUGUCAUUAUAGGAGGAGUCACUUCCAAUUCAGAUGCUGCUCAGCUAGCUGAAAGCUUUGCUGAGACGAAGUGUCCAACAAAGGUGGUUGGUGUUCCUGUGACCUUGUAUGGGGAUCUCAAAAAUCAGUUUGUUGAAAUGAAUGUUGGUUUUGAUACUAUUUGCCGGGUUAAUUCACAGAUAAUUAGCAAUAUCUGCACGGAUGCGCUCUCUGCACAGAAGUAUUAUUAUUUUGUUCGGUUGAUGAGUCGCAAGGCUUCUCAUGUGGCUUUGGAAUGUGCUCUCCAGUCACAUCCAAAUAUGGUCAUCCUCGGGGAGGAGGUUUCCUUGUCAAAACUUACCAUUUUUGACAUUACAAAACAGAUUUGUGAUGCAGUUCAAGCGAGGGCUGAACAAGAAAAAUACCAUGGGGUUGUCCUCAUCCCUGAAGGGCUAAUAGAAAGUAUUCCAGAAGUAUAUGCACUCUUGCAGGAAAUUCACAGUCUCCAGCGGCAAGGUGUUUCUGUUGAGAAUAUUUCUUCUCAGCUUUCACCUUGGGCAUCUGCCUUAUUUGAAUUUUUGCCACCUUUAAUCAGGAAACAGUUGCUUCUUCUCCCAGAAUCAGAUGACUCUGCACAAUUAUCUCAGAUUGAGACAGAAAAACUUCUAGCCCAUUUGGUGGAAGCAGAAAUGAACAAGAGAACGAAGGAGGGAACGUACAAAGGAAAGAAAUUCAAUGCUAUAUGUCACUUCUUUGGCUAUCAAGCUCGAGGAGCUUUACCAUCAAAGUUCGACUGUGACUAUGCUUAUGUUCUCGGACACAUUUGCUAUCACAUACUGGCUGCUGGUUUGAAUGGCUACAUGGCUACUGUUACGAACUUGAAACAUCCUGUCAACAAGUGGAAAUGUGGUGCUGCUCCAAUUACAGCAAUGAUGACCGUGAAGCGAUACACACGUGGUCCUGGAGCCACUCCAAUAGGAAAACCCGCUCUUCAUCCGGCCACGAUUGAUUUGAAAGGAAAAGCAUACGACAUGAAUUAUUAUUUUAUGUUUCCUUGUGAUUCAAGUUUUCUUAUGGACGACAUGUAUAGAAACCCAGGACCCAUGCAAUUUGAAGGACCAGGUGCUGAUGUGAAGCCUUUGACAUUGUGUAUCGAAGAUCAAGAUUAUAUGGGUCGGAUCAAAAAGCUUCAGGAGUACUUAGAGAAGGUGAAGAGCAUCGUGAAGCCCGGUUGUUCACAGGAUGUUCUGAAAGCAGCUCUGAGUUCUAUGGCCUCUGUCACCGAAGUGCUCAGUGUAAUGUCUGCUCCCUCGUUCAAAGGCCAGCUCCCACUCUAAAUAUGAUAACCGUAUUCAUAUAUUUUCCCCUACUUGAGAGCUCUUGUAACUUACAGGCAUCGUACAAUUUUGAUGAUGGUGAGCCGUUGAUGUAUGUAUUAAUACAUUUUUGUUAUGAAAUAAUUACCAAGGAUGCCUGUACAUAACAUUUGCAUCAUGUUUACUGUGUGCUAUUUAGAACCUUGUUUACUCCAAACGGAGAAGUCCAUAAAGCAAACCUGUUGCCUGAGGCGGCCGAUGGCUUGCGUGCCGACCGUUUUCGAUAUUGUUUGGUCCUGCUUACGGUUUGUCAUUUGCGCUGUAAUGGGUAAACUAAAUCUCAUUGAGCUACCUGUGUUAAGAGAUGCAAAUGUGCUGUAAAUCUAGUGAAGAUGUGAAUGCGUAAUGUCCCUGUAAAGUUACUCAGUAAUUUACCAACCUUUGAGGACA